AUGCCCGCCCUGCUCCUGCUCCUGCUCCUGGUCCCCAGCCCCCUGCUCACCCACUCCUCACCCUCCUCCUGCCUCCACUUCUCCGAGCUCCUGCCUGCAAAGCUCAAAGAGCUGAGGAUCAAGUUUGAGGAAAUCAAGGACUAUUUUCAAUCUAAAGAUGAAGAACUGAGCAUCCAGUUGCUCGGCUCAGAACUCCUGGAGGAAUUUAAGGGGAGCUUUGGCUGCCAGUCGGUGUCAGAGAUGAUGAGGUUCUACCUGGAGGAUGUGCUGCCCAGUGCCAUCAAGUCCAGCAGCCUCCACCAGCAGAGCAUGGGUGACCUGGGCAACCUGCUGCUCAGCCUGAAAGCCACCAUAAGGCGUUGUCACAGAUUCUUCACGUGUGAGAAGAGGAGCAAAACUGUGAAGCACAUCAAGGAGACGUUUGAUAAGAUGAACGAGAAUGGGAUCUACAAAGCCAUGGGAGAGUUUGACAUUUUCAUCAACUACAUUGAAGAGUACUUGCUGAUGAAGAGAGAGAAGUGA